AUGUCGCAGGAAUCUAGGACAUAUUCACUUCUCUUGGUCCUUUUUCUGAGCCAUGGAGGAGCAAGCCAGAGAGAUCCAGGUUUCAGGCAAGAUUUACAUCCAUUGUUGCAAAAAAUGGCGGAAGAAAUAAUAGAGGGAGCCUAUCUGAAUGCAUUCCUGGAGCUCAUACAAUUUCAAAGCUCCCACUUGUGGACCGCGGACCUGCCCCACAGAGUGCUGGCCCAUCUGAAUUCACGGAACGUUGCCUUCACCUUGCCCAGCCUGCAGGCAGCUGUGGAAAGUCACCUGGAGCAGUAUUUGUACCAUCCCCAGAAGCUUCUGGAAGACCUGAGGAACACUGAUGACCAGCAGUUCCACACAGCCAUGAAAUGGAUCUUGGAAGACAAGCAGGGUCAUCUGGACCUGAAGGACAUUGUCAUUGACCUGGGAGAGAUUCGGGAACAAGCUUUGCAGAGCCCCGGUGUGAAUCGCAGUCUGUUUCUGGUAUCCCUGGAGCGGUGUUUCCAGGUGCUGAACCCCCUGCAAUGUGUGGAGAUCCUGGGCAGAGUGUUGAGGGGGUCACCGGGCAGCUUUCUGCAGCCAGACAUCCCUGAAAGGCUGCCCCAAGACCUGCGUGAGGAUGCCUUUAAGAACCUAUCUGCAGUGUUUAAAGAUCUCUAUGACAAAACAUCGGCACGUGCCCAGAGCGCCGUCUACUCCUGGAUGACGGGGAUUCUGAAGACCUCCUCCAACGCAACUGAUGAUCCUGCUUCAUGGGUCAGUGCAGAAAACUUAUGGAUUUUGGGAAGAUAUAUGGUUCACUUAUCAUUUGAAGAAAUUAUGAAAAUUAGCCCGGUGGAAAUCGGGCUGUUUAUCAGCUAUGACAAUGCCACCAAGCAGCUGGACACGGUUUAUGACAUCACCCCUGAGAUGGCGCAGGCAUUUCUGCAGAAGAUCCGCAGCUCCAGUUUUGACACGAGGAACACAUCCACCAUCCACAGGCAAGGCAUGCCCUGGGCCCUUGAGCUGGCUCCUAGGAUGUUGGGGCUGCUGGUUUGUUUCUACGAUGACCUGGAGCUACUGGACGCCACCCUGGCCCAAGUCCUCCUGCACCAAAUGAUCAAGUGUAGCCAACUCCGGGGCUUCCGGGCUGGCGUUCAGAAGCUCAAAGCUGACCUUCUGGACAUUGCCACUGAGAACCAGACCCUCAAUGAGACCCUGGGCUCUCUGUCGGACGCGGUGGUGGGUCUGACUUACCGUCAGCUGGAAUCCCUCUCCCCGGAUGCUGUGCAAGGUGCCAUCCCCACCAUCAACCAGGUCUCAGGCUGGGCCAAGAGCCAGGCCAUCAUCUUGUCUGCCAAAUACUUGGCCCAUGAAAAGGUGCCGUCCUUCUACAACGUCAGCCAGAUGGGUGUGCUGCUGCCGGGGGUCAGCACCCAGGCCUUCUGCAGUAUGGACCACAAGGACCUCUCGCAGGUCCUGAGAAGCACCGCCUCCCAGCACAUGUCCCAAUUGUCACCUGCCCAGAAGCAAGGCAUCCUGAGCAAGCUGAUUGAAGCAGAAGACACUGCCUCAGGCAUUGUGGAGCUACCAAAAGGUUUUUUUGAGGAAGUGUCUCUCUUCCAUUUACGGAGAGAACAGGGAUUUAAUGCGACAGUCCUGAAGGAAAAGGAGCUUAGACGGAGCCAGGCCCUGUUCUUGUAUGAGCUUCUGGCAAAGACCACUGGAAGGCCUGAGGAGCUCCUGAGUGCUGGGCAGCUGGUUAAAGGUGUGACUUGCUCACAUAUUGAUGCCAUGAGUGCCGAUAUCUUCCUGGACCACUUCCAGUAUUUCGAGGACAACCUCUCCCUGCUCUCACUGGAUCAGGUCAAUUGUUUGGCAUGGAAAUACUGGGAAGUUUCCAGGUCAUCUAUGCCACCGUUCCUCCUGGCCACGCUUCCGGCCCGCUUCCUGGCCACCAUCUCUGCCUCCCAAUGCGCGGGCUUCCUCAUCAGCCUGGGGAGGAGACGUUUGGAUGCCUUGGUUUUAGAUGCCUACAAAAGGAGCCUGAUCCUCGGGAAGGUGCAGCAGUGCCUGGGUGGUUCCGUGGCUGAUGAGUACACCGUGGACAUCUUGGGGGAUCUGGUAUGCCAUCUGCCAGCCACCUUCAUUGAGAGCGGGAUCUCGCCCACAGCCUGGGCCGCCGCCCUGCACGGCCUCAGAGGCUGCCCGGACCUCAGCCCUGAGCAGAAGGCCGCGGUGAGGCUCAAGAUCCUGGAGCAGCACGGGCCCCCUGGGAACUGGACAGCCGAGACGACAAAGGACCUGGGACCUUUCUUAGCACUUUUCUCUGGAGAUGAGUUACACUGCGUCGCCACCAAGUUUCCUGAUGUCCUUCAACAAGCAGCUUCCCAGACAGCUGCCAGGCUGCCACCUUCAGAAUUCCUGUGGGCUGUCUUUGAGUCUGUCUGGAAUAGCAGUCAUGGGAGUCCCCACUUUGACCCCACCUCUGGUUGCCAUGGAGUUGCAGCUCCCUCUUCUGAUGACAUCUUCAUGUUGGCAGAAGCCAAUGCCUGCUGGACCCCUGAUGUCCUUCUCUGUCUGGAAGAAGACACGUUCAUUAGGAAUGUGGAGCUGCUGGGGUCUGUGAGAAGUUUUGACCGGCCUCAGCUGAUGGCCCUGAAGGAGAAGGCCAUCCAGGUUUGGGAUGUGCCUUCCUCCUGGAGAGAAUACCACAUUGUCUCCCUGGGGCGCAUCGCUCUGGCUCUGAGUGAGAGUGAGCUGGAACAGCUGGACCUCAGCUCCAUAGACUCAGUAGCAUCCUUGGGCCAGCAGACAGAAUGGACCCUGGAACAGGCUAAGUCAAUUCUGCAGGGAUUCCUGGAGGAUUCAGGCUGUGGCAUCCAGGACCUGAAGAGCUUUCAUUUGGUAGGGCUUGGUGCCACCCUGUGCGCUAUGAACAUUACUGAGAUUCCACUUAUACAGAUCACAGAAUUCAGGGUGGUCGUGGCUAGAAUCGGGACCCUGCCUUGCAGCACCCCAGUCUUGGUUGAGUUUAAGAAGAAGGCAGCAGUUGUGUUUGGGGAUCCCGCUGAGUGGACCAGUUGUGUCUUGCAGGAGCUUGGGACCAUCGCAGCUGGAUUAACUAAGGCUGAGCUCCGGAUGCUGGACGAGGAGCUGAUGCUGUAUUUCCAGCCAUCAGCAAUCAAAGGCCUUCCUGAUGAGAUAUUCAAAGAGCUGUCCGCCCAGCAGAUCGCCUCCUUGGGUCCCCAGAACGCGGCCGCGGUGACCCCCUCACAGCGCAGGCAGCUCACCAUCGCGCAGCUGCAGAGCCUCCAGCGCGCACUAGAUGGCGCCAAGGCUCACUCCUGGCAGUACGCGCCCGCCAGCGCCCGCCCCACCCGGGCUUCCUCCAGGGGGUCUCCUCCAGGAGCGCCCUCCUGGGGUCUUUGGCUUGGCUGUACCCUGCUGCCUCUAAUGGACAGGCCCCUGUACUGAGUAGCCUGGUUGGUGUCCUAA